AUGCUUCCGCUUAUGAAAUAUGGAUUGGAUAAGAAGACCGGAUUGAAAAGAUUCCUUGCCUCAUGGAAAUCCCAUGACGACCCGAGACCCGGAAGCAUGAGCUAUAAGAUCGACCCGAGAGGCUAUCCUCAGUUCCUCGUCUACAAAAACGAGGACCCAAUCGAUGGGGUUGGGUCUUUGAUGGAAACUCCACAAACUACGAAAGUCUUCGCCUCAUCUCAUCAAACACCAAUUAAGAACAAACCCUUCUUCAACCUCGCCAUGAUUACUCACAGAUACUUCUUACUCUUCUUAUUUAUCGCUAGCUUCCUCUGUUCUCCUACCAUUGAAGCAGUACGACCUACUUAUCUUUACCACAACUGCUCCACCGCCGGAAAAAGCUUCUCUGCUAAUAGUACCUUCCAAUCCCACCGGACCACCCUCCUCUCCUCCUUAGCUUCAGCCAAUGCCGCUUCCUACAACACCACCAUUCCCGGAGGCAGUGAAGCCAUCUACGGCCUCUUCAUGUGCCGAGGCGACGUCUCCCUCCAAGUCUGCCGUGAAUGCGUCGCUAACGCAACCCAACUGCUACCUUUUGAGUGCCGGAUUUCGAAGGAGGCCGUAAUUUGGUACGACGAGUGCAUGCUUCGCUAUUCCAACACCUCUUUCUUCUCCACCAUUGAUAAAUGGCCAACCUCGUCAUAUUGA